AUGCUGAAGAUCUCACUGCUUGCAAGGGACAACAACAGCGAGCCCAAGUCCUGGGAUGAUGGGUCCAAGUCGCUCUCGGAGAGUAGCAGUAGCAUCACUUCAGAGAGUGUCCGUCCUGAAGAGGAAGCCAAUGGAUUAUCGAUUAUGCAAACCUUGAUUCACUUAUUGAAAUGCAACAUUGGCACGGGGCUCCUGGGACUUCCUCUGGCCAUGAAAAAUGCCGGCUUAUUGGUCGGUCCUUUCAGCCUGCUUGCCAUCGGGAUCCUCACCGUGCACUGCAUGGUCAUCCUGUUGAACUGUGCUUAUCACCUAAGUCAGAGACUGCAAAAGACUUUUGUGAACUAUGGAGAGGCCAUGAUGUACAGCCUCGAAACCUGCCCAAAUGCCUGGCUGAGGACCCACUCAGUGUGGGGAAGGUACACUGUCAGCUUUUUAUUAAUCAUCACCCAAUUGGGCUUCUGCAGUGUUUAUUUUAUGUUUAUGGCAGACAAUUUACAACAGAUGGUGGAAGAAGCCUACGUGACCUCCAACACCUGCCAACCCAGGAAGAUCCUGGUGCUGACCCCCACCCUGGACAUUCGUUUCUACAUGCUGACAAUCCUGCCCUUCCUGACCCUGCUGGUGUUUAUCCAGAACCUCAGGGUGCUGUCUGUCUUCUCAGCACUGGCCAAUAUCACCACCCUGGGGAGCAUGGCUCUGAUCUUUGAGUAUAUCGUGCAGGAGAUUCCAGAUCCCAGGAACCUACCCUUGAUGGCAAGCUGGAAGACUUUCUUGCUGUUCUUCGGUACAGCCAUCUUCACGUUUGAAGGCGUCGGUAUGGUUCUGUCUCUCAAAAACCAGAUGAAGCAUCCACAGCAGUUUUCUUUUGUUCUGUACUUGGGGAUGUCCCUUGUCAUCGUCCUCUACAUCUGCCUGGGGACACUGGGCUACAUGAAGUUUGGGUCAAACACCCAGGCCAGCAUCACCCUCAACUUGCCCAAUUGCUGGUUGUACCAGUCGGUCAAGCUGAUGUACUCCAUCGGCAUCUUCUUCACUUAUGCCCUCCAGUUCCACGUGCCAGCUGAGAUCAUCAUCCCCGUCGUCAUCUCCCAGGUGUCAGAGAGCUGGGUGCUGUUUGCAGACCUGUCUGUCCGCACGGCCUUGGUCUGUCUGACCUGUGUCUCAGCCAUCCUCAUACCCCGCCUGGAUCUGGUCAUCUCCCUGGUGGGCUCCGUGAGCAGCAGUGCCCUGGCCCUCAUCAUCCCACCCCUCCUGGAGCUCAUCACCUUUUACCCUGAAGACAUGAGCUGUGUCACCAUUGCAAAGGACAUCAUGAUCAGCAUCCUGGGCCUUUUGGGGUGCGUAUUUGGAACAUACCAAGCCCUUUAUGAGUUGAUCCAACCCAUCAACCAUUCCAUAGCCAACUCUACAGCUGUCUAUGCAUAACUGUCUAUUUUUAUUCUGAUAGUUCUCCCUUACUCCGAUCCCCAAUUUGACUUCUAUUGUGGAUGUUAUAUACAUUCAUCAAACCCCAACAUCUCUAUAUUAAUUAGUGGCUUCUUUAUCUUUCCAAGAGAAAUGUAGGUGACAUAAGUCAGUACUGAUACCUCUCAGGCUAUGUCUUUUCUGGUUUUGGAUUUCUCUGGAGGCCUUUUGUACCUCUGAACCAAAACCACAUUCAACCAUUUGUAUUAUCAGCCUCAUUUAAUGGGAAAAAGGAUGCCAUUUGCCCAUGAUAUCCCUGGAAACAGAGACCAAGCAAAAAUAUAAAUGCAAAAGGAGUUGUUUUCUCUAUUCUGCAGUAACUACCCUUAAAGCAUCAGGUUUAGAAAAGUGUAUGUUGGGGGAAGAGGAGUUUCUAUUUAGGUAUGGUUCUAAGUGGAAGAGUCAAAGAACAAAAAUAGUACUUAGCAGUAAUUUUUCUAACCAAUAGCUCUGACACUGAUUUCCGAUGGGAUCUUUUUUUUUUUUUUUUUUUUUUUUUUUUAUCCUGUGGGAUCUUGGGCAAGUUUCUCUCCCUGUCCAUCUCACUUUCCCAUUCUAUGAAAUGAAGGAUUGGACUAAUUGGCUAUUAAGGGCUCUUCCAGCUCUGACAUUCUGAAAGCGAAAAAAAAAGAAAAGAAAUGAAUUUAUCCCUUAACACAUGUGUGAAAAUUGAAGAGUUUUCUAUCAGCAAGUUACCCUGUUGCCCUGGAGAUACAGGCAUACCAGAAGUAGGUUAAGGGAUAAAAACAUAUUUCUUAGCAAUCUUUCAUUAUGAUGACCUCCCUACUGAGAAGGACAUCACCUCUCUCUCUUUCUUUUUCUCUCUCCCCCAACCCGACCCCCACAUUCUCAGAUAUCUUAAGGCCACUUAGAGCUGAUUUAGGCUAAAGGGGAUGAGCAGUUUGUGUGAGGGAAAGGAUUUCAUCAUGUGCAAGGACUACUGAC